AUGCCCAUGCACGGUCAGCUCCUUCUAGCUGCUGGGUCCGACCCAUCUCUGCAAGACAGCAGCGGUCUGAGCUCCGUUUCGGCAACGACCUGGUUGGGUAAGGAGGCUUGUCUGGACCCCAUUCUCGGCACCGAGCGCGGCCUGACCACCCUCGAGCUGACCAACAACCUGGGCGCCACGCCCCUCAUCUUCGCCUGCCAGGAAAACAACAAGGGCAUCGCGAAGCUCAUUGCCGCUGGGGCGAGCCUUGACGCGAAAGACUUAUGAGUUCUGCUGUGUGUACUAUUAUCUCCCCGCCACCGGGGUGUGGGAAAAUCGCACGCGCUGUGUUGUUGUUCGUGGUGUUUGCUUAUUCGGCAGACGACCUGCUUGACGUGUGGUGAUUGUGGAUUUUUUUCGCACAUUCAUUCAAGCGUUUUAGUUGCAAUAAGGUGUUUGGCGACGGAAUAAUUAGAGAGUAGAUGGGGGAAACUCAUGAUAUAGGUCGUCUCCUCGGCGCGUUUUCUUGCUGCUUGCCGUUUUCCUUGUUGCGGUACGAAUCGGCUGUGAAACCAGCUUGGGAGAUGGAGGGUCACCGAAUACCGGGCGGAUACAGGAUUAUUUUUUAUCCUGCCAGUAUUCGACCUUCAGCAGUACCUCUUGAGCGUUGCGUACUGUUACGCUUCAUCUCUCUAUGACGCACUUGCUCUUUUUUCGUACGAUGAUGAUCGGUCUCCAUACCAGUACGCGUGUGUCGGCAAAACUUGAGCACAAGGCCCUACCCCCUCCCCCCUCCCCAACCCUACGCCACCACUAGGACGGGCCAGACACCGUACAUCAUUGCCAAGGCCCAGAAAACGUCGGCCUGCUUGAAGUUCCUCACCGAGGAGCACGGCCGCCCCAGCCAAGAGGAGGAGAGCUUCAACUUCGCUGGGCUUUCCGUGGUUACCAUCCUGGGAGGGAACUCUCCAUGUCUAUGAGGAAAACGGAAUCCGGAACCGGAACCGCUGCUGCUGCUGCUCCUGCUCCUGAGUCGUAACACGGCGCCGUGCACCGGGCGGGGGGAGCACGCGAUUUGUUUUUUCUAUGGUAACAGUGAGCCCAAACGGCUCUAGUUCUAGACUAGUUCUUGCGGUUUAUGUGCAUUGUCGCCUCCGUGUGUAGAGUGACGGAAUGCGGCAGGGUGAGUUUCAAUAGGAUACUUGGCCGGAACUGCUCUGGCUGUUUAUUUUUCAGAUAAUAGUCUAUAUAUGCACAUGUAGCCGGAGAGAACGGGACGGAGAUGGCUAUCCUAUCGUGUUGCUAACCCCCCCUCCGGUAGUAGAAUGGAGCGUUUUCGAGGGAACUUCCGAUCUAUAUUGCCUUUGUUUCCGUUAUCUCUCUGUCUCUGUGUUUUCCCUGUUUCUUUUCUCUUUUUCGUUGUAGUUUGUUCCAUUAUCCCUUUUUUUGACCGGGGUCGAUCGCCUGUACCCCGGUUAGGAACCUUUUCCUUAGUUGCUUCCUUUUUGUUCUUUUCGUUUGGGUAGAAAAAACAAAUCGCGCACAGGAGGAAUUUUCUGGCGUCCAGUUUUUAAUUUAGAAAAGGUGUACCCCCUUUGAGGCAGAUAGUUUGUGACCACGGAAGGGGUCCGCGUCAGUUGGAUCAGUGCGGACAUUAAAAGGUACUGAGCGGAUUUAUAAUGUGAAGAAGAAC